AUGACGGCCAACGCGAAAAAGUCGACGAGGAAAGGAAAGAGUUCUCCACCCAACAGCCGAGAGGGGCGUCGCAGUGGGUCGCCGCUGGUCCAGCACGAGAACCCCGCGCUGGACGUGAGCGGGGACAGCAAGUCGGUGAGCAGCGACGGGGCGUCGAGCCCGAAGCGAGCGCGUGCGGACGACAUCCACCAUCAGUUCAAGUACGAAUGA